AUGUGGGCUUCCAACGUCAUUUUCCUGUCGCUCGCUCUUCUGGGAGUUGAGGCAACCCCCUUGCAGGGCAACCUUCAUUGCAAAUGUACCGUGAAAGAUACCUGUUGGCCUGCACUUACCGACUGGAAAUCUUUCAACAAAACACUUGACGGGCACUUGAUCACCACAGUACCACUUGGAAGCCCAUGCCACGACCCCAGCUACAAUGGAACGGAAUGCUCGACUUUGGCAGAUGAAUGGGACUACGCCCCCAUUCAUGCAAACAAUCCUUCUUCAAUCAUGAUGCCUGUAUUCCAAAAUGGUACAUGCGACCCUUUCCAUCCCCGGUCCGACCCCUGUCACCUCGGGAAUCUCGUUCAGUACAGCGUCAAUGCGACGACAACGGCCCAUGUACAGAAGGCAGUACGCUUCGCUGCACGUAACAAUUUGCGACUAGUCAUCAAGAACACCGGACAUGACUUCCUUGGUCGCAGCACCUCUGCCGGCGCCUUAGGUCUUUGGACACACAAUCUCGACGAGAUCACCGUCCUCAAGGACUUCCAAAGCCCAGCCUACAAUGGACCAGCUAUGCGAAUUGGGGCAGGAGUUCAGGCCGCGGCAGCGUAUACAGCAGCUCAUGAAAAUGGCUACCGAGCGAUGGGCGGCAGCUGUCCGACUGUCGGUCUGGCCGGUGGUUUUACCCAAGGAGGCGGACUCGGUGCUCUCAGCUCGGUCAACGGCUUAGGGGCCGACAAUGUCCUGGAAUGGGAGGUAGUGACUGCCAAUGGCAACCUCGUGCAUGCGUCGCCGACCAAGAACGCCGAUCUCUUUUGGGCACUGGCUGGUGGUGCUGGAGGCACAUUCGGUGUGGUGGUGUCCAUGACCUCCCGAGUUUUUGUUGAUGCCCCAACCGCGGGAGCUUCGUUGGUGUUCGAACUGGAUGCUGCACCCUCUGCCAACGCCUUCUGGGACUCUAUUUCGGUCUUCCUCACCGGUGCCACACCGCUCGUGGAUACGGGCUCGUUUUUGCUUUCUCAGAUCACCAACACGACCUUCCAGGUCAUUAUUGCAGCCCCGAGUGUGACCGAAUCGGUGUUGAAUACACAGCUGUCCUAUAUAACCGGCCACCUGAACCAAACAGGAAUCGCGUACUCCCUCACAGCGCAGACUGAUCCCUCAUACUUUGACUUCUUCUCGCGCUAUUUCGGGCCACUGCCAAAUGGUAUCUACCCAGUCGCCCACUUGGUUGGAAGCCGCCUGCUUCCGAGGGAAUUUUUCCAGUCGGUCGAAAGCACGCAAGGAUUACAAGAUUUGCUUAAAUCCAUCACUCCAAACCAAACAUACACCGUCGCCGUCGAGCUUUUCAAUGUCAAUCAGACCAGUACUACCGAUAGAUCGGUUCACCCGGCCUGGCGCGAUUCCAUUGCGCACUUCCUUGUCUAUUCGACAUGGGACUGGAGCUCCCGGACGGAGAUGGAUGCCCGAUCCGACCGCCUCACAAACGAAAUCAUCCCUACACUUGAGGAAUUGACUCCUGGUAGUGGCACAUACCGCAAUGAGGCCAAUUACCGUCAGAAAGACUGGCAAAAAGCUUUCUUCGGGGAUAAUUGGGAUCGACUCAACAGCAUUCAGCGGACUUGGGACCCUCAGGGCAUCUUCUAUGCUCCAUUAAGCGUUGGAGCUGACCAGUGGGCGGAGAAAAACGGUGCAUUAUGUCGGGUGUCUUGA